CAUCUUUCCUCCUGGUCUGCCGGCUUGUUGUUUAGCGGGCGCGGACCGGAAGCACGGAGAUGUGGAUGGGAUACAGAACUUGAGAGUCCGGAGAAGAGUUAAUGAUAAUAAUCGGAGGGAACGGUGAUUCGAGUCGUCGGAGGCGCAGGGAUGGAACCGGCUACUGCUGUCAUCGAAGACAUGGAGAAAUUGAGUUCGAUUGGAGAUGUGAAUGACUCCAACAAUGAGGUCUACACCCGCUUUAUGAAGUCACACAGAUGCUAUGAUCUUGUCCCCACCAGCUCCAAACUUGUGGUAUUUGACACUUCUCUGCAGGUUAAGAAGGCUUUCUUUGCCCUGGUGUCAAAUGGAGUCCGUGCUGCUCCCCUCUGGGAUAGCAAAACGCAGAGCUUUGUGGGCAUGCUCACAAUCACAGACUUCAUUAAUAUUUUACACAGAUACUACAAGUCACCACUGGUUCAGAUCUAUGAACUGGAGGAACACAAAAUCGAAACAUGGAGAGAGGUUUACCUACAAGACUCUUUUAAACCAUUGGUGAGCAUCUCUCCAAAUGCCAGCUUGUAUGAUGCAGUUUCAUCGCUGAUCAAGAACAAAAUUCAUCGUCUUCCGGUCGUUGAUCCAUUAACGGGGAAUACGCUCUACAUCCUUACACACAAGCGCAUUCUGAAGUUUCUCAAACUCUUUAUUUCAGAGAUGCCCAAACCAGAUUUUAUGUCCAAAACAUUGGGAGAGUUGAACAUUGGAACAUACAAUAACAUUGCAGUGGUGAACAAAAAUACUCCUAUUUAUGUGGCCUUGGGGAUCUUUGUGGAAAAAAGAGUAUCUGCAUUGCCUGUUGUGGAUGAAUCUGGACGAGUGGGGGAUAUCUAUUCUAAGUUUGAUGUCAUUAACCUGGCUGCAGAGAAGACCUAUAACAACCUGGACAUUACUGUGACCAAAGCAUUGCUGCAUCGCUCACAGUACUUUGAGGGUGUGCUGAAGUGUUACAAACAUGAAACUCUUGAGACAAUUAUCAACCGACUUGUGGAAGCAGAGGUUCACCGGUUAGUUGUGGUAGACGACAAUGAUGUAGUGAAGGGGAUUGUCUCGCUCUCUGAUAUUCUGCAGGCACUGGUGCUGACUGGAGGAGGUGAUGUAUCAUCAGACCUUGAACAUUAGGAGAUGUCUGGACAAAGUAUACCAGUGACAUUUUCCCCAUGUAGAGACCUCACCAGCCUGGAAAUCUUGUAUCCACGGACAUGCACCCACGAUGGCACAAAGUCUUUCACCAGCAGUGUGCUGACCCAUUAUGUAGAGAAGGAUGCUUGCUACUGCUCACAAUUCCCAUUUUUGAUUUCACUUUGAAAUGUUUCUACACCUCCCUGCAUUAAGCCAUUGAUUUUCUUUGUCCACUGAAAUGAUACUGCAGGUCAGGUCAAAGGAACUGAGUCUUUUGUUAUUUUAAUAAUCCCAUCCUACAAAGGUAGGGAGCUUUCAGGAGUGCUUUUGCUGACUGAUUAUUUCGUUAUCUGAAGGUUACUUUGUUUUAUACUUGGUUUUAUGCUUUAUCUGUGCUGUACAGAAUAUGAUAAUACAAUUUCUGUAACCUCGUUUGAUACAGUGACAUCACUCCUUUGCUCUUCUUGACUAAUGGGCAUGCUAGAGUCUGACCAAUGCAAACAGUUUAUUAAUGACUGAACAUAUGAAUACUAUUUAAUAAAAUUUGUCCUUUUUGAUUAAAUAUUGAGCAGGUCCACUCCAUUUUCCAAAAGAAUAUAUUUUUUGACGUAUCAUUUCCCACAUAACUAUAUGUGGUGUUACGAGUACCAAAAAAUUGCAAGUAAGCUUGCAUUAUUUUUGCGCUCUUGGCUGGAACAUGGUACAAAUGACGUGACUGUAUCUGCCUGUUUCUGUAACCUCCAACUCCAGUCAAAAAAAUUGCAUUUUAACAUGAAGCAGUCCUUCCCUUUGUUUGAAUGUUAUUAAAUAACAUGGAGCUCCUGAAUUUGUGUAAGCAUUUCACUUGUUAAACUCACUUUGUAUUUGGUAUGGUCAUCUAGUUUUGGAUGGUCAUGUCCCUAAAUAUUCCUAAUUGGAAAGUUGACUGAGGUUGAUUUUAACUUGAGAAAAGCUGCAAACAACAAUGAAAUAUAUUCAAUCCAGCAACAUAAAGAAGUCUGAAGGAAAAAGAUAUCUAAUUGAUUCUCACGUAUUUAAACACCAAAUUGUAUUUUUUAUUCAAUGAAAGGGUGAUUACAGGCAAUUGAAUUCUGUGCUUGACUUGUUAUUUUUGUUGUAAAUAAUUUUUACAAUAUCAUUUUGUAGUUCAUGAAUUUGAGUGUCAGAAAUGUUUUUAAUUUCUACCAACAAGACCAAGUCUGAAGGGAGAUUGUGUUAAUGACUUAACUCCUGGAACGGUAAAGUCCAAGUUGGAAGUGUUGCUUGUCAAUAGAUAUGCAAUUGGGCAAAGUUUUGACUUUGAAUUUUGCAUUGACAAAAGUUCAAAUCCAGAGUGCAACAUGUAGGGACCUUACACUACACCAUUUUAGAUUCAGUUGUGUGCAAUGUGCAUGGUAGUGUUCUAUGCUGAUUUAUCUUUCUUCUAAUUAACUGGUUGUUUGCAAACUGGUGGUUAAUAGCUGGGACGUGAAUGUUCUGGCAUGGUAAUUCCAGUGUUUCAGCACAGUUGGAUAGGAUAUAACAUUCUAGUGAUAUAAUUUGGCAGGUUCCUGAUGUCGAAGCAGAUCGGUGAGAGUACAGCUGCUGUUAUGGAAAUGAAACAGUAAAAGAUGUGCCCAAGAUUUAACACUUGCAGAGAAAAUGAGCUGUGUUGUGUCUUGAGCCCCAGUUCCUAGCAACUGGUUUAGUUUCUGCUGCACAGUGUGGUUGUCAGGCAAAGAGUUUGGAAGUGGAGUCGGAUGAAGGUAACUUCAGGGCUCCAAGCUGAUUGUAAGCUAAAAGUGGUUAUGUGGUGAAUUACUGUAAACUUUGGAUCAAACUUUUAGUUGAGAUUAUUGGCUAAACAAAAAGUUAAAAGUGAAGUAGAAUGAAAAUCAAAAGAAUGCAGAUGCUGGAAAUCUGAAAUAAAAACAGAAAAUGCUGAAAACACUCAGCAGGUCAGGCAGCAUCUGUGGAAGGAGAAUCGGGUUUAAUGUUUUACAUCCAUGGCCAUUCGCCAGAACCGGAAAAGAGCAAAGAACAGUAGAACAAACUCGAUCUUUGAGGGCUUCAGCCUUUUUUUAAAAAAAAACCCACUCAGUUCCUUAGAGGAGUUGUCUUCCCAACUUUCCUGUUCUCCUGCCCCCUCUCUGUGCUGGUGCACACUGCUCGAAGUCCUUCAGAACUUCACCCAGGUGGCCUUCUCUCUGCCUAAGAUGUCAAGUUGAGGCUGAUUCUGUACCUGAUUAACAUUCACAUAUGAACACUCCCAUCAGUGGGCCCUGGAUAGUGAUCGGCAUUGAAAGCCUUGGGCUUUUGCCACAUUCCCCAACCCAAUGAUAGGUUUAACUAAGUGGGAGAGGUCUUGAUUAAUGAGGUUUUAAAAAUUAAUCAUGCCACAUUUGUAAAGUUGCCAUUGAAAAGUUUUUGAGAAAGAUUCCGUUCCCUUGCUUGUAAACCCCAUGCAGAUGGUGUAUAAUCCACACCACUAUUGUGACUGUUUGGGUGCACGUGACAAGGUUUCUUCCUGCUGAAACCACACUGGGCAUUCACCAGCAGCGUUUCUCUGGACACUGCUGUGAUAAUGUUUGUAUUUUCAGUUGUUCAGUUGAAGAAUGAAAUAUUGUGCAAAUCUUGGUGCAAAACUGAAAAGAAUUUUUUAAAAAAGGGUGGUAAUAGUCAGCUAGUCAGGCAGCAUCUGUGGAGAGAGGAAAUACAGGGUCAUUGUUUUGGGUUGAUGACCUUUUAUGAAGAGCUUUCAGUGUCUUAUUGGUGACAUUUAAGAUUACAUUUCACCUAGAGAUCUCUGUGGCACAUGACCAAAUCAUUGUGUUGAUUUGUUGCUGGGCAUUUUAUUCCUUGAAAAUUGAAGGAUUGAAGUUUUUCCAGAACAUUGGCAAGAGAUUGCAGUUCAGAAGUGAAGAGGAAAAUGACUGGAGGGGGGUAAUCAGUAAUUCCAGACUGAGAGAGUUUCUGUGCACUUCAUAAAUCCGUGUUCCCUCAUUCACUUCCAUCUAGUGUUUGGGUCUCUACAGCAACUGCCUCAGAGAAAGUUGUUUUGGCCUACAAGUGGGAUGAGAUUGAUGCACUUAGUCGAGUGGAGUAGGGACAGGUGGGGGAGAGGGUGUUGGGUGAUGGAUCAAUGACAGCUGAAUUGUGAGUGAAUGUCUUGACAGCCUCAAGCAUUCAAGGGCAACGUUGGGCACUGAAAUGUGACUCCAAAGUUUGGAGAAAAAGAAAAUGUAAUACUUUGUCUUUGCCCCUGGAAUAAAAUCUCUUUUCAUAAACAUAAGAAUCAACCUCCCCGUAUCCUUGUGAAAGGCAAAAAACUGCAGGUGCCGAAAAUGCUGUAAAUACUUCGCAGGCCAGGCAGCAUCCAUAGAGAAACACUUCAGGUUGAUGACUGUUCAUCAUGAAACAUUAACUAUUUAUUUUUCCAUAGAUGCUGCCUGCCUUGCUGAGUGUUCCCGGCAUUUUCUGUUUGUAAUUCUGCCUCUGUUCUUGUAGAAUUGUCAUGAACCACCUUGCCAACCAUGUGCCGUUUAUGCAUUACGUGGUAGACUGUCUGAUUUUCUGUUUUUCUUUUUAAAAAAAAAAUUUGUUUUGCUGAAUGGUUUUAUAUGAAGUUGAAUGUGUUUUGCUCAUUAAUGUAAUACUGAGUUUUGUUUUGGUUUUAAAAUUACAGUAAAAUCAAUGUGAACUUAAAGUGCAGUGGUUAUUUCCUCACAGAAUCAAAAUCAUAUUUAUUCCAUUUGUAGUCCAAACCUUUCUCCAGUAGAAGUGUUUAUACUCCUUUUGGUGUUUGUGUGAAGAUUUGAAAUCUCAUUUGAAAGAGGUAUUAAUUGUAAUAUCUUCAAAACCAUAAAUAAAAUCCUUUGA